AGCGGCCGAGGCGUCUAAUCCAGAAUGGAUUCUACUUCUACUUCGUCGUCUGCGCUGUCACCUACGCGGUCUGAGACGGCGGUGUCGGAGGCACCGACGUCAACCGACGGUAGUUCCAUGCCGGUUCCACCUGUAGCCGAAAACUUAUCUUGGGCGGCGGCCAUCAAAGAGCAUCACCGACACCUCCAAAGCGCGGUCGCUGGCGCUGGUGCAGCUGCUGCUGCCGUUUCUCCCCCACAACCACACCUGCCACAGCAGCGAAGAGCAACGGAGGGCACGUCAACCGCCGCGUCUCCUCCGUCGCCUUUGCUGCCGUAUGAAAAAGAUCUGCAGAGGUGGAGGGAGGCCCUGGACGGUGUCGAGGCUGCGCAACGACUGUGCGUGUACGCUACGGCGAUGCAUCACCUCGCAACACAUUAUUGGGACCUAAAUACCACCGCGAGCGAUGCUGAAAUGCAGUUGAAGACUUUUUCAGACGCAGUGGCACCCGAGAAUCAACAGAGUAAAGCACGCCGAAGUGUACUCGAUGCAUCUUCGGCCCCGCGAAUCGGAGAGAAGCGACCACGAGAUGCACUGACUGUUCCUAGCGUAAGAACCCCGCUUAGCACACCAAAUGGCACGACAACGGCGGCGGGCGGUGCAGCAAAGGCGCCGCAUCGCUACAGUGACCGAUUGCAGUAUUGCCUGCAAAGCGUCGCGUCCUACUACCUUGGCGAGACGGUCGCGACGACAUCGUCAACGGAGCGCUGCGCAACGGCAGGCUCGAACGAUACGGGUGGACGCAACAGUCUAUCUUCAGCAGAAGCACAAACGGCAGCCGUUCCUGGCCAACACCACCCCCACCCCCAACAAGGCUCUCCGCCGCUUCUUAUCCCUGUAAACGGUACCGUCUAUAUGCACCUGCCUGGCGUAUUUGCGCGAGUGGUAAAGCCACUGCGUCGUGCUUUCUUUGACGUGUACCAGCGAAUGGCAACCGGCGAGGAGGUGGGUGCGCUCGUUGAGGCCUGUAAAGCGGAUGGGGCGGUGCCACACACGAAUACGGCAGCUGCCACACGUGCAGCCGAUUUAUCAGGACUACCCCCUUCCGCAGCGGUGGAUGCGCUUCCGACGUGUGAGAGUGGGGUUGCGCUUGUAGGGAAGCUACUGAGCACUCAUCCUGAGGGGCUACGUGCUCAAGGGGAAUCCACGUGGCGGCGUGGGGCCGGCACAGCGUGGGCGGCAGCGCUGCGUUACACCUUCCCAACGACGUCACACGCGACGGGGAAGCAGGCCCAUCAUUCCGACGCUGCUCCCUCUCUUCCUCCUCCGCUUUACGUCCUGGACGUGGGGGCAUGCUACGGCCCGUUUUAUGGCCAGUGCCUUCCUCGGCCAUCACUCCUGCCUCCCGUCCCUUUACGUGUUACGUCGAUCGAUCUCGCGCCGUAUCUUGAGGAGGAACAUAGUGCGCUAGACAACCUGCGAGAUCCUCCGUCGCCGCGUGUGUGGCAGGGCGACUGGUUGGACAUGAAGUUUUUCUCUCCAGAAGAUGAGGAAUGUUUUUCUUUGGGAAAUGAAGGAAUGAGGCGUGCGGAAGGCGGCCGUGUGCGGUAUCGGGUGCCUUCACAAUCUGACUUACUUGCAGCAAACAGACAGGAAAGCAGAGCCGAGGACAGAGUUGGAACGAAGGAUCGUACGGGGGCGGAUUCCUCAGCAUGCUUGGUGUCUUCCGCAACCUCUUCGCUGGCGGCUGGCCACCCAGAGAACACCGUGCACACUGACCCUCUCUCCGUCGUAUCACUGCAACUCGAAAGCUACGACGCGGUCUUCUUUUGCUUUCUGCUUUCCUACAUGCCUACACCCCGCCUGCGCUUCCUCGCCUGCCUGCACGCCUGUCUAGCACUCAAUGAAGGCGGCCUGUUGGUUAUUGCUAGUACACGGACACAAGGCUCGAGACGGCGAAACUGGGUGCAGGAGUGGACGGCGUGUCUGUCGACGAUUGGACUGCUUCGUGUUCAACAGAGCACGCAGGAAAAGGUUGUGGGAAUGGCUUUUGUGAAGGUGUGUCCAUCGAAGGAAGUACAUGAUCGCUGGAAAACAGCGGAGGGACGAAACAGUUGGAUUCGUGCGAUGAUGACGACAGUGGCUGCGGAAAACGGGUUGCGCAUCACCGCCGACGACGCACAAACUCAAGCAGACGUAUGA